UCAGAUGUCAUGAACAAUGGGACAUGUGACUUCAUCAUUCAGUUCGGGCAAGGCUGCAUCCAUCUUGGUGAACAUAUCUAUAUAACUCUAUAUAUAUAUAUAUAAGUAUAGAUUGCUUUGGCUUUUCCAUUGGUCCAUUGAAAUAUGGGCUCAGCCACAGUCACCGAUAGAUCCUCAUUCAUGGGAUCAGGAGCCAUGUCCAGAUCAUCUGCUGCUGAUGCCCCUGCCCCUCGUGCCGCUCCCGUUGUUUUCCCUGCCGCUGCCGCCCGCAGUCUCACACCAGAUAGCGAAGAGGAUGGGCUCACUGGCAGGUUCGGCGGGCGCAGUGCAAUCAGAUCAGCUGUCGCUGACCCCGACUGGCGCAAGAAGUUGGUUCCCACAGAGUAUGAACGACGCUCCUGUGCUGGCAUGGGCCCUCGCAUUCGUGCCAUGGAAAUCGCCGAGGCACGCAGGGACCCCAAGGUCGUUCUGGGAGAUGAACUCUCUGGCGCUGCGGGUGCCAAUGAUGCUGCGAGGGUCCGCUCCUUGCUGGAGCGAGGUGCUGACCCCAAUCAUGUUCACUUCACCGUGUGCUCGGACGUUCCGCUGUGCCGCACCAAGAGCCCUGAAGUUGCCAGACUGCUGGUGGAGCAUCCGCAGAUCGACGUGAAUAUCAAGGACAUCAAUGACUACAGCAUUUUGUCCAACAUGGUGCUUCACAACCGUGCGAAUGUGGAGUUGGUGUCUGUGCUCCUUGCGCACAAAGAUUUGGACGUUCAUGCGGGUCGACCCAUCAAAAUUGCGGCUCGCUUUGGCACCUGCGACAUGCUGAGGACUUUGUUGGAGCACCCCAAGUUGGAUAUCAAUGACGCAUGUGGAUUGCUACACUAUGCUGUGUGCCGCACAGAUUCCGCCUCCGUAGAAACUGUCAAGUGGCUUCUGGACCAUGGGGUGGACCCCAACCUGCGGCAAGACGACAACGGCUCGACAGCCUUGAUGUGGGUCGGUGGGUGGGACUCCUUGACCAUCGAGAUCGGUGAGAAGGAAGCGGUGAAACGAAGGCAAAUCGCUGCGAGACAGGUGGAGAUCCUUUCCACGCUCCUGGCCCGGAGUGACCUGGACGUCAAUGCCACCGACGCCCAGAAGCGAACAGCUUUGCAUCGGAUGAGUGUGGCUGGGCGAGUUGAUUUGGUGGAAGUGUUGCUGCAGGAUCCGAGGGUCCUUCCUAGCAUUUGGCACCAAGACUCUGACGGAAAGACACCGUUGGAUGCUGCCGUCGAGGCCUUUGAGAAGGAAAAGGAGAAAAAGAAAUGGGAAGUACCUGCAUACCUCAGCAAGUUUGAGGAGGUCAUUGCACUUCUGAAGAGCUUUGCUGAGAAGAAACGGGCAGAGCUGGAAAAGCUUGUUCCUGGUGAACUCUCAAAGCAUCCAGGGACAUGGUCGAUGGCCGUGCAGUCGCUUUGAGAUCUUUGAGACUGGGGUUUUGAAAUCCUUGUUGCUGCGCACAGCUUCAAGAACUUCAAGGGUCUUGAAGACUGCAUCAAUCUAAUAGCAGCCUUAGCAACUAAGCACGAUGCUGUACAGUCAUGCAACUAGCUUAUUUGCCACUUGAUGAUUUGAAUCUUUGUGUCACUUGAA